CACAUUGACACCCCGAAUGUGAACAAGGCAGCUCCGACCGAUGGACUUGAGCACGUUACUCUCAUCGAAAUGAAGACAUUAAUACAUCGUUGGCUAUUACUUUUAGGAUUAUCGUUAACAUGGGCAAAAGAAGCUGAUCUACCAUUAUGUCCUACGAAUCUUCAGUAUUUUCCCCAAAAUCUGCCCAUGCAUUGCAGAAUGCCAGGAAACUCGGACUCAAAUCAAAACCCAGGCCAAUACCCCGGAAUGCAGCAACCGUUUGGCACGAUGCCACCGUACUACCAAAGUCCACCACCAAAUAAGCAACCCAAUCCUAUUCCGAUUCCAAUACCACCUUUCCCAGGAAUGCCAGGCCAGAUGCCAAUGCCUCCAGGCAUGGGAGGUCCCAUGGGCCCACCCAUGCCAGUGUUGCCACCCGUGGGGGGACCUAUGCCUAUGCCAAUGCCUAUGGUAGGCGGGCCCUCACAUAAGCUACCAGUAAUAGUCAUGCCAUUUUAUUCGCCAGACCAUUCAUUUAAAAGGCCGCCAACUGAAUCGCCACAUAAAAAGGAUAAACCGAAGACAAAGAAAAAGAAGAAGAAAAAGAAAUCUCAUGAUUCCGACGACGACGACGAAAGCUCUGAUGACGACUCGUCUGGAGAUUCAUCUGACCGCGGACACGGACAUGGUCACGGUUCUGAUGAAACACGGCUGGUGGCAAGGUCAUAA